UGUCAGCAUGCAGCAAGUCAACAGUAACCAUGCUGAUGUUCAUCAUGUCCACCCAGAUGAUGUCUCGACAUGAUGUACCGUCGACAAAUCAUUCCUAGUGGUCUCUUACCUACUCCCAGCGGCAGCAGCACCAGUUUCUUCUACCGGGGCCCAGCUGUACUGUGACAGGGACUUCCGCCAUGGACCUGUGAUGUUGCAAUAUUCCAAUGCUGCCAAACCCCAUAAGGCUGGUAAGGAGGUGUCAGCUGGACGGCCCAGUCCUGCAGGAGAGAAGUACCAGAAGUCCUGCUCGGACAGUAUGAAGAGCCCAGCAGAGUCUCUCUCUGAGGAAGAGAUUUCCUCCAGGUCCCGCACUAAGUUCACCGUGGAGCAGCUACAGGAGCUGGAGAAGAGCUUUAAGGAGCACAAAUACAUUGGUUCUAGUGAGAAGAAGCGGCUGUCCAAGGUGCUGAGGCUGUCAGAGACUCAGAUUAAAACCUGGUUUCAGAAUCGAAGGAUGAAGUUCAAACGCCAAAGUCAAGAUGCUCGGGUCGAAGCCUUUUUCUCUGGUGUGUACCUUCCUUACUAUGGCUACUCAGACUACCAAGCAGCGGGUUGCUCCGUGCGGCCAGAGCUGGCAGUGCCACUUACUCCUCCAGCCCCAGCUCAUCCUUUUGGACCACUUCAUAGUUCGAUGGUUAGGCCUGGCCUACACGCAGCACCGCCCAUUGCGCCAGCAAGUCUUGCCACUUACUCAUUCCCUCCUAUGCUUGCUCACCCUAUGCUUAAUGAGUCAGCCAGUCACCGAUUCACACCAUAUUAACUUUAUUGCGGGAUGUUUUUUAAGUCUAUUUUUAUGGACAUUUGAAAAUGUUGCACAUAUUUAUUGUAAGUUAUUUUAUUAUUGGUGCAUUUUUACCUUUUGUACACAUUGAACUGCAGAGAUAAUAUAAU